AUGUACAAGUUUCAGCACAUUCGAAAAUUUUGCAGUGUGCCGGAGUUCUUCCCACACAGUACAAGUCGCCGUUUAAAAAAAUCCCCAUCGAAUACGCGAGUGCCUAACGAACAAACUUCCAUGGAUGCUUCUGGUGUUCGAUUGAACGAGAUGAACAUACAGUUGUUAUCAAAGAAUUUGUACAAUCAAAUAUUUCCAAACAUUUCACCAAAUAGACAACUCAACGAAAGCCAAGUGGAAAAGCUUCGGAAGGAACUUACACGCCAUGGAAUUCCUUUAGCUAAUCCAGGUAUAAUUCCCGAGGUAUCGUUUGAAUUACCGAAAUUGAAAGGCGCCAACAUCGAAGAACAUUUCUACAAUAUUGCUGACGAGCAAAGCCGACCCUAUCGGGAACAGCUGGAGUCACUUUUAGCAGCGGAAAACAUUCCCUUUCCUUCGGAAUGGACGAAGAGCCCCGAGUGGACUUGCUAUGACCCCGACCGAGGUCCGAUAUCCGUUCCCUAUCCGGACGAGUCGGCUCUGGUGUUCGAUGUGGAAGUUUGCGUUUCGGCUGGUGCAGCUCCCGUGAUGGCAACCGCUCGGAGUCCCACGCGAUGGUACUCUUGGACGAGUUCCAACCUUCUCGAUCAGCAAACACCGUUCGGCGAAGGGCAUCGCUAUCAGCUGAAGGAAUUGAUUCCCAUGGAAUCGAAGCCGGAGGAUAGUCCAACGGAUGGAAAGUUUCGACUGCCGAAAAUUGUAGUUGGUCACAAUGUUUCCUAUGAUCGCGCACGCAUCCGGGAACAAUAUUGGUUGGAAAGCACGGGGAUGCGGUUCGUAGAUACGAUGUCGCUACACGUUUGUGUGAGUGGAGUGACUAGCUAUCAGCGGGCAAUGCUUAAGUCUAGUAAGGAGUUGCCACUGGAGGACGUGGGUUGGAGUAGCCAAAGUUCUCUCAAUAAUUUGGCCGAUGUUUAUCAUCUCUAUUGCGGUGAGAAGCUGGAUAAGGAAAAGCGGAAUAUUUUUCUUGAAGGUACACUGACCGAUGUGGAGCAGAACUUUCAAGGUCUGAUGAAUUACUGCGCUGGUGACGUGAAUGCCACGCACAAGGUUCUGAAGAAGCUUCUGCCACUUUUUGCGGAACGAUUUCCGCAUCCUGCUACGUUGGCCGGUAUGCUGGAGAUCGGCAAUGCCUAUCUGCCGGUUAAUAGUAACUGGAAGCGGUACAUUCAGGAGUCUGAUCUGGCGUACGAAGAUCUAGAAAUUGAGGCAAAACAUCUGCUGGCACAGCGCGCCGAUGCAGCCUGUAGGUUGAUGCACGAUGAAGGGUACCGACAGGACCUGUGGCUGUGGGAUCAGGACUGGAGCGUACAGGAACUGCGACUAAAAGCACCGAAGCGACCGACGAAAAAGGCAAAAGAUCUCGAGCAAGCAAAGCAAGCCGUGGUAGUGGAAGAGAAUGAUGAUCAAGAUCCACUGGCCGCAAAAUUUGAAUAUUUAUACAAAACGAAAGAUCGACUUCCCGUACGACGUCCGUUGCUGCCGGGUUAUCCAGCCUGGUACAGGAAUUUGUGUUCGAAACCAACGGAGGACGAAUGGUCACCGGGACCGAGCAACGUGAGCACUGGGAUGCAGAUUGCCCCGAAGUUACUGCGCCUUUGCUGGGAAGGCUAUCCGCUGCACUAUGUGCGAGGGCAAGGUUGGGGUUUCCUGGUACCGCACCGAUACCGUAGAGACGACGACGAUCAGGGUGGUAUGAUCCCGCUAGAACAACUUGCCCGCAGCUGUCCGGUACUGGAGAUCAAUCCGGAAGCCUCGGCACAGGAGAGCUUCGAAGCACUGACCGGUUUGUGGAAAGAUGUAGAGGCGAACAUUAGUCGAAAGGAUUAUUACCGGAAGCUGAAGAAAGAUCGUACCGGCAAUGUCUAUAAAGGAACCGGAAUAUGGUGCAAUCUUGAUUUGGAAGAAUGUUGUUAUUUUUUGAAGCUGCCUCACAAGGACGGUCCGUCGCAUCGAGUGGGGAAUCCACUGGCAAAGGACUUUCUCAAUAAGUUUUCUGACAACGUUUUGGCAGGCGAUGGCAAAACCGCCGAGCGUGUGGUGGAUAUCGCAAGGAUGUUAUCGUAUUGGCGGAACAAUCGCGACCGUAUAACCGGACAGUUGGUGGUGUGGCUUGACGAAAACAAUCUUCCACUGGUGUUACGCGAAGAAGAAAUGGAUUUCGGCGCGAUAAUCCCCCAAGUGGUCGUGUGUGGAACGCUAACGCGUCGAGCAAUGGAGCCUACUUGGAUGACCGCUAGCAAUGCCCAGCGAGAAAGAAUUGGCUCUGAACUACGUUCGAUGGUUCAAGCUCCCAAGGGUUUCAAAAUAGUUGGAGCAGAUGUAGACAGUCAGGAACUGUGGAUAGCCUCGGUGCUAGGCGAUGGUUAUGCCGCAGGCAUCCAUGGAGCCACACCGCUCGGGUGGAUGACCUUAAGCGGUACAAAAGCCGAUAAAACCGACAUGCACAGUGUGACUGCUCAAGCGGUUGGAAUAUCCAGGGAUCACGCCAAGGUCAUCAACUACGCCAGAAUCUACGGAGCGGGUCAGAACUUCGCAGAGCGACUGCUUCAGCAGUUCAAUCCAACCUUUUCCGAGGCGGAAGCACGUUCGAAAGCUAUCAAGAUGUUCACUCUUACCAAGGGUAAAAAGUUCUACUACCUCAAAAAGGGCUCUCGUGGGGAUUUCGCAGAUAGAGGAUACACCGGAUAUGAAGCGCUAAAAAUGGCAAAAAUCUCCAACAAAUCCGUGAGCGAACUCUUCGAGCAUCCCCGCUGGGAGGGUGGUACCGAAAGUGCCAUGUUCAAUAGACUGGAACAGAUUGCUGGAUCGGAAACACCGGUAACACCAUUCCUGGGCGGACGGCUUAGCCGAGCGCUCGAGCCUCAGGAUGGAACGGAAGAACGUUUCCUUCCUACUCGCAUCAACUGGGUCGUACAAAGCGGAGCGGUUGAUUUUCUGCAUUUAAUGUUGGUUUCUAUGCGUUGGUUAAUGGGAGAUCGUGUCCGGUUUUGCCUUAGCUUUCACGACGAAGUGCGCUACCUGGUAGAUGACCGAUUCGCCAACCGUGCUGCCCUAGCUAUGCACGCUACUAAUCUGCUGACGCGAGCGUUCUGCGUUUCGAGAAUUGGCUUCAAUGACUUACCACAGUCGGUGGCAUUCUUUUCCACAGUGGAAGUGGACACGGUCCUUCGCAAGGAAGCACAGCAAGACUGCAAAACACCAUCCAAUCCCCAUGGACUAGCAAUCGGUUACGGUAUUCCUAACGGAACCACCUUGGAUAUCUAUCAACUGUUGGAAAAGCUUGGUCCGAAGGAAUCCGACAUGAGCAGCUGGGAAUGGCACCGAGUGCCAUCAGCGAAAAGUACAAACCAAAAUGACAAGAAAGUUAAAAUAAGAGCCAAGAAACGUUGA